AUGGGAAGCAGUUUCGAGCCCUACCUGGAAGAAGUUCUAACCACGCUGCUGGACGGCAUGUCCGAUGAUACUGCAUCUGUGCGCGACACGGCCUUGAAGGCGGCGCAGGUGGUGAUCAGGCAUUUUGGCUCAUCCCACACUGCUUUGCUGCUGCCACCCUUGGAGGAGGGCGUCUUCGUGGUGGAUUGGCGGGUACGUCACGGAGCCAUUCAACUGAUGGGGCAACUGAUUCAGCAAAUCCUACGCGCCCAUCGCAUCCCGACGAACAGUGCUGAGCUGAUGCAGGUGGAGGCACUGCCAAAGGAGUGGCGAUGCCACAUGCUGGCUUCUUUGUACAUUGUGCGCAGCGAUGAGAAUGGCAUGGUGAAGCAGGCCUGUCAGCAGGUCUGGAAGGCCGUGGUGCAGAAUCCGCCCAGAACACUCAAGGAGCUGCUGCCAACACUCAUGACCCGCCUGAUUGCAAAUCUGGCUUCAACAAAUCGCGAACGUCAGCGAGUGGCUGCCCGAUGCGUUGGCGAUCUUGUGAGUAAGCUUGGAGAGCGUGUGAUGCCCGAAUUGAUGCCCAUUUUCAUGGACACCUUGUCGGAAGGCGACACCCACGUGCGCGAAGGCGUAUGCCUUGGACUUGCCGAGCUUAUCAAUGCAACAACGAAGGAGCUGCUCACGACGUACUUGGAACAGCUAAUUCCUGCCAUCCAGCAAGCUCUGAUUGAUGAUGAUGAAGCGGUGCGGCUGCAAGCCAGCACGGUUGUGGCUUUGCUUCACAACGCUGUAGGAACGCGUGCAACCAACGAGAUUGUUGAAUGGCUGCUGGAUCAGCUGCUGGAGGUUGUCGAAGAUGGUGACGUAUAUUUGCUCGGCUUGGAGCAGCUCAUGAAGAAGCAGCCAGGAGCUGUGAAGGACCUCGUCCUCGGCCGCUUGACGUCUCCUGCGGAGAGCGGAUGGACACGGCUACAGGUGCAAGGACUUGCUUCCUUAGCUGUGAUUCCUGACAGCCACACAAUCCACAAACACCUUUCGGACGUCAUGCCUGUGUUCAUCGAGGUGGCCAGCAUUGAUGAUGAGGAUCAACCCGAGAUGACUGAAAUUGCUGUUGAAGCUGCCACGAGGGUAAUGGAUGCGGUUGAGCAAGACGGCUUGACCUUGCUGAUGACAGAGCUGCAGGGGCCAAUGCAGGACAAGGACAACGCUUCUCACCGCAAAGUUGCUGCACAGCUUCUGAAGCAUUUCUUUGAGAACACCAGCCUGGAUGUGGUGUCUGUGCUAAGCCUUACUCUGCCGGCCGUUCUGCCAUCUGCACUUGCCGACGAAGAUGAGGAGGCGCUGGCUACUGCCAUGGCGGCAUUGACUGCCAUCACGAAGAAAUGCAAGAAGGAGGAAUUGGCGCCCUACUUGAAUGAUGUACGCUCAGCUGUCCUCAAUCUCAUCACAGAUGCCCAGACGAAGAAGGAGGAUCCAGACGUGUUCCUUCCAGGACUUUGCGACCACAAGGGCUUGGAACCGCUGUACCCCAUCUACCAGCAUGGGCUCAUGUACGGGACGGCAGAUGCUCGAGAGUUGGCAGCUAAAGGUCUUGGCGAGCUCGUGAACCACACCACUGAAAAGGCACUGGCGCCAUACGCUGUGAAGAUCACAGGUCCUUUGAUCCGAAUCGUGGGUGACAAAUUCCCGGGCAAUGUAAAGAAGGCCAUCGUGGACACUCUGCAGGCACUUCUCAUCCGAGGAGGUGAGACGCUGAAGCCUUUCCUCCCACAGCUUCAGACGACCUACGUGAAGUGCCUCACGGACCCACCCAACUCGGAG